UGGAAAUCCAAGUUUAUUUAGUACUGUUGAAAUUGAACCUCGAUCUACCAGGCCUUAGGGGCUUGUAAUUUGAUUUAGUCUGGCUCUCAAAUUGGUGGUUUUCUUUCCUGUGUAUAUAUACGUGAAGAAUUCUUGUGGAACAAAAUUGCUAAAAUGUCUCAGGUGUGUGAAAGUGAAACUCCUGAAGAUAGGGUGGUCGAAACACUAUCCAGGUUGCCGCCCAAGUCUCUGAUGCGAUUCAAAUGCAUAUGCAAGUCUUGGUGCACUCUCAUCAAUAGUCUAAGUUUUGUGGCCAAACACCUCAACAAUUCCAUGGACAACAAACUAUCAUCAUCCACUUGCAUCCUUCUCAGCCGUUCUCAGGCUCAUGUUUUCCCGGAUAACAGUUGGAAACCAGAAGUUUUCUGGUCCAUGAUUAAUCUUUCCAUUGAUAGUGAUGAGCACAACCUUCAUUAUGAUGUUGAGGACCUAAAUAUACCGUUUCCAUUGGAAGGUCAUGAUUUUGUACAGAUUGAGGGCUAUUGCAAUGGGAUUGUCUGUGUAAUAGCAGGGACAAGUCUUUAUUUGAUAAAUGUUCUUUUAUGCAAUCCUGCAACGGGGAAAUUCAGGCAACUUCCCCCUUCAUACCUUCUUUUACCUUCCCGUCCUCAGGGAAAAUUCCAAUUGGAGUCGAUCUUUGGAGGAUUGGGAUUCGGUUAUGAUUGCAAAGCUAAAGACUACAAGGUUGUGCAAAUUAUAGAAAAUUGUGAGUAUUCAGAUGAUCAGCAAUACUAUUAUCAUCGUAUUGCUCUUCCUCACACGGCUGAGGUAUAUACCAUGGCUGCUAACUCUUGGAGAGUGAUCAAGAUUGAUAUAUCAAGUGAAACGUAUCAUUAUUCUUCUUCAGUGUACUUGAAUGGAUUUUUUUAUUGGUUUGCAAUUGAUGGCGAGAAAUACAUACUUUCAUUUGAUUUAGGUGAUGAGAUAUUUCAUAGAAUACAAUUGCCUUCUAGGAGAGAAUCGGAUUUUGAGUUUUCUAAUAUUUUUCUGUGUAAUAAAUCGAUUGCUUCUUUUUGCUCUUGUUGCGACCCAAGUGAUGAGGAUUCUACAUUAUGUGAAAUAUGGGUAAUGGAUGAUUAUGACGCAGUUAAGAGAUCAUGGACAAAACUCUUAACCUUUGGACCCUUAAAAGACAUUGAGAAUCCAUUUACAUUUUGGAAAACUGAUGAGCUUCUUAUGGUUGCCGCCGGUGGAAGAGCCACCACUUAUAAUUCUAGUACCGGAAAUCUCAACUAUCUUCAUAUUCCUCCUAUUCUCAAUGAAGUUAGAGAUUUUGAAGCUCUUAUUUAUAUGGAAAGUAUUGUUCCAGUCAAGUGAGUUGAGGGCAAAUUAAGUUCCAUUUUCUUCUAUAUAUUUGUAUGCAUGAUAUUAGAUACGUCGAUGGAACAUGUUUUGUUGAGAUCAUAUCCACAAAAGUAGUACUCAUAGCCUAGAAUCUCAUCUUGUGUUACAUUUAACUUUCAUAUAUGAAUUUUUAUUGUCCCCUUCCCCGUAUGGUUUAA